AUGCCGCCCUGCCGCCGAUGUGUCCGGGAGCAAAAGGAAUGCAUCUUGGCGACCUCGAGACGAGGUGGGAGACGGCCCCGGAAGUUUGUCCGGCUCCCGCAGGCGGACGGUGAUGCACUGCUCCCGCACCGCAACGCCCCCGCCGCGCCGUCGUAUGAUUCGCUGGCCGGCGUCGACGGCGCCAGUUCCUCGGCCAUCAGCCACGCGGAGGAGCGGCGGAACCAACGCUCGGCGAGCCCCGAGUCCCCUCCUCGUCGCGACGAGCAGCCGUGGUCGUGCUCGCCGGGAGACGACGAUGCGUCCGGCCGCCGCCCGGCGAGCUGGCCCGGAUCCGCAUCCCAGCCCGACAGCCCCGGCGGCCAGUCGACGCGGUCCCUCAACAGCUCCGGCGACAUCGAGGGCCACAUCACCUCCAGCGACCUCCUCAACCCCUCCGAUGCCCUCAACCUCCUCGCCCAGGUCGCGGACCUCGACGACGAGGAGUCCCGCGAGGGCAUCCAGGACCUGCCCAGCGUCAAGUCCGGCGCCAGCGACAAGCGCAGCCCCAAGAGAGGGUCGCGGAAGCCUUCCACGCCCGCCGUCACCUGCUAUCCGCCCAUCUCGGACGGGAUACUGAGCGCCUCGGUAGCGUCACGCCUGCUUUCAACUUACAUCCAACACUUCCAUCCCUUCUUCCCUGUGGCUGAUAAGUGCAUCCUGAGCCACUCGCCCGCCACCAUCUCUCACCAGAUAGAGUCGGAACCGCACCUCCUCACCGCCAUCUUCACCGUGACGUCCAAGGACGAGCCCUCCCUGUCCCGCGUCCACGAGGCGUGCUCGCGGUACAUGGAGACGCUCAUCUCGAAGCUGAUCUACAAGGGCUCGACCACCGUCGGCGCCGUCGAGGCCCUGCUGAUACUCGCGCAGUGGGCGCCGCAGAGGCUGCAGGAGAAGCCCACGGUGGGGAGGGGCGAGGAGGACGAGGGCGCGUGGAUGCAGAUCGGCGUCGCCAUCCGGUUGGCGUACCUGCAGAGCCUGGAGCAGACGGGCCUGUUGGCUGACAAGACGAGCCCGUCGUCCGAGACCUUUAGGAGGAAACGGAUCGUUUGGGCCGCCUGUUACAUGAGCGACCGCGAGGUAUCGAUUCGCGUCGGCAAGGGCUUCUGGUCGCGAGGGCCGGGACCAUCCACCAUUCCCCGCUCCGCCGACUUCCCCUCGUUGAGAACGCAGGAGGCGGGGUCCGACAACCUCGGGCAGCUGUUCCAGGCACAGCUCGAGCUGAUCCAGCUCUUCAGCAACGCCCAUGACAUCCUGUACUCGUCGUCGAGCCACAGGGCCCAGCUCUACCUGGGCGGGGAGUACGUGAGGUACAUCGACGACUCGUUCGCCGUUCUCCGGAAAUGGAAGAUUGUGUGGGGAAGUCUCAACUUCACGCCGCUGAUCAAAGCCGCGUUGAACCUCUCAUACGAGUUCCUCCGCCUGUACAUCAACGCCUUUGCCUUCCAGGCAACCAUCAACCGAGCCAUCACCAAGGCGCGUCAGCAGCAACAGCUGCAGCAGCAGCAGCAGCAGCAGAAUCCGCAGCAGCAGAACGGGAAUGAGGCGGCGGGCUCCCGGGCACGCGCGAGGCAGGCCCCGGGCAUCAGUAACUCCCUCUUCGCAGACCUGGCCAGCACGCCCGACGCCCGCUUCAUCUACGAGUCCAUGGACGCCGCCAACUCCCUGCUGAACAUCCUGAACACGUCCGUGGACCCCUCGACCGGGCUGAGGUACAUGCCGCUCAAGUACUACCUCUACGUCAUUUACGCAGCCGUAUUCCUAUUCAAGGCCCGCCUCGCCGGCGCCCUCGGCAACGAAGCAUCCGAAAGCGUGCGCCGCUCCAUAAACGUCACCAUCGAGUGCCUUCAGAAGUCGUCCUCGAGCGCCCACAGCCUGGGCCAGCGCUACGCCAGCCUGCUCUCCCUCCUCUGGCGCAGCAAGUCGCCGCAGGAGCUUUCCCGGCACCAGCACCAGCACCAGCACCAGCACCAGCACCAGCAACAUCAACAUCAACAACAACAUCAACAACAACAACAACAACAACAACAACAUCAUCAUCAUCAUCAUCAUCAUUAUCAUCCUUCCCAGAUCGCCGCCGCCGCCUCCGGGGGCCCGUACGAUCGCGACGCCGUCGGCGUCGACGACGGCCCCCCGGGGGUCUCGGGAGGACCGGGGUUCGCCCCGUCUUCCUCGGCCAACGGCGUGUCCCCCGCCACCGUCCCCGGGCCGGCCGGGCCGAACGCGACGGAUCGCUCCUCGACGGCUGGCUUCGGCGUCGGCGGCGGCGGCGGCGGGCACGCGCAGCAUCAUCACCAGCAUCAGCACGGGUUCGGAGGCGCGGGGGCCGGGCAGGGACACCCGGGAGCGAGCGGCUUCCCGGCGCAGUCCGACCUGCUCUUCCGGGGCUUCUCGUGGCGGGACCUGGACGACCUGGGCCAGUUCAUCGGCCCGGAGGACAUGGGCUUCUCGGACCCGGGGCACCUGGCGGCCAUGGGCGGGCCGGGCAAUCUGGACGACGGCGCGGCGUACGAUGUUCUUUGGCCGGGGAACGAUCCAGUUUUCUAG